GACCACAACAACACGCCCGGCCGGUGCGCGCGCACGCCAUCGCCAAGCAAAUUCGCGCCUUUUUUCUCCGCAAUUUUAUUAUGUGAAUGAGUUCUUAGUUUAACGUAAAAUAUUAAAUUAAAAAUGCGUGCAGUGUUGUUACUUUGUGCUCUAGUGCAUUUAGUGGUGGGACAAGAUGUUAAUGACAUGGUAAACAUGCCUAAAUACGAUCAGAGAUACGAUUAUUUGGACGUCGAUGCAAUUUUCACGAACAAGAGGCUCGUUAGGAACUAUGUGGAUUGUUUGAUUAAUGCUGUUCGGUGCACGCCUGAAGGAAAAGCGCUGAAACGAAUACUCCCAGAAGCGUUGAGGACGAAAUGUGUCCGCUGCACAGAGCGACAGAAGCGAACAGCAGUGAAGGUGAUCAAGCGGCUGAAGAACGAGUAUCCAGACGAAUGGUCCAAGCUUGCUUCCCGGUGGGAUCCCACAGGAGACUUCACCAGAUACUUCGAAGAAUUCCUCGCUAAAGAACACUAUAACACCAUCCCAGGAUCAGUUCGCGUGUUCACAAAUAAUACAAUCGAUGUUUCGCUAACUCUAAACACGGUUUACGAUGGACUGGUUCACUCUGGACCUGAUUUAGCCAUUGCAGAAUUAAUUGCUCGGUUUGGUGACGACGGGGAGCUGAUGAUGGGCAGUCCGUCGUCAGCGGGUAUUACUCCGAGACCAAUGACUCAGGCUACUACGAGACCCAGCACUACCACGAGGCCCCCCAGUACUAGGCCUGUACCUCCCAGACCGACAAUGAUGACAUGGGCUGGUGCAGCGUCCAACACGCAGGCGACGCGUUUCCCAUUGCGGCCUGUGUCGGAAAUGUCACCACCAUACUCCACGGCUAUAACCCUCAUCGACCAGAUCGGCUACAAAAUAAUAAAGACAACAGAACUUGUCACCGAUUUACUUAGAAACACAGUUAGAGCUGUCGUUGGUCGAUAGAUACCCUUAAAAAAUAAAAAUUGCUCAAUAAUAACAUGUCAAGUAGGUAUAAAAGGCCGCAUUUCCAGUGAAAAAAAAGUUUUGACGUAAAUCCAGUAUAGAAGACGGCCAUAUUGAAUUGUCUAUAGCCGGUUUUCCCUCCAUUUUAAUUUCGUGAAAAAACCACCGACCUUUGGUCACGUUUCGCAAUUAAAUUAAAUUAAAAUAGUUUACUUUAUUACUUUAUACAGCAUAUUACUGUGAGAUUAUAAUAAAUAAGGAAUAAUUCUACAUAAGUUUAUUGUAUGUAGGAAAUUACGAAUUA